AUGACAAAGAUUAUUGCUACAAUUCUUUUGGUUUUGGCUCUUGCUAUGGUCUCUCAAGCAUACAACAUGAAUGGCUUAUGGUAUACGUUUGGAGACUUCUACGGAUGUGGAUCACUCAGAUCAGUAGCUACCAAUCCAAGUGGCAACAACUAUGUUUUUGUCAAUAUCAACAAUAGAACCGAAGUUUAUUACACCAUCAACCUCGCUGGUAACACCUGGACUGGUACUGUUGGAUCUUAUAUCAACAACAAGCCAACUGGUAUCUUUUACCCAAUGUCUGGUACCGUCGACAGUUCAUUCUCUUUGUCUGGUAGCAGCCCAGCCUCUGGAAAUUGGCAGGGAACCGAUUUUGCUAUGACUCAAGUUAGUGGACUUUGGUACACUUUCGGAGACUUCUACGGAUGUGGAUCACUCAAAUCAGUAGCUACCAAUCCAAGUGGCAACAACUAUGUUUUUGUCAAUAUCAACAAUAGAACCGAAGUUUACUACACCAUCAACCUCGUCGGUAACACCUGGUCUGGUACUGUUGGAUCUGAUAUCAACAACAAGCCAACUGGUAUCUUUUACCAAAAAAGAUUCCACAUUGAAGGAAGAGUUUAG